AUGACGCCCACCAUCCAAAUGUCUGCUCCUUCGCCGGGCGACCCAAUGGAAAUCACAACUCCGACGAACAGUUCGCCCGCACCGGCGCAGCGCUCCGACGACAAAAGCCCCGAACGCGAAAUAAACGGAGCUUCCAACGAAAACUCGACGGCUGCGGCCAACGGCUCUGGCAAUGGCAAGGGUGACUCCACGUCUCCACCUGAAAGUGCCGAGCCAACGCCCACGAAGCCCGAGCCCAAUAGUACACACCUGGCAGCCCCGUCGGCGUCGGGAACCAGCGCCGGCUCGCAAAUACCAGCGGCAGCUGCGCCCGCAGUACACCAACCCAAAAUUGUUCAGACGGCCUUUAUUCACAAGCUGUACAACCAAUAUUUCAAGCACACCAACAUCUCGUCCUUCGUGCGCCAGCUGAAUAUGUACGGCUUUCACAAAGUUAGCGACGUUUUUGCCAACGGAUCGGACUCGACCACGCUCUGGGAAUUCAAGCAUGGCAACGGCAACUUCAAACGUGGUGAUCUAGUCGGGUUACGGGAGAUCAAGCGCAGAGCAUCACGGCACUCUCUCGUCCAUCGCGAUUACAACGCACAGAAGGCGCCGCAAUCGUCGCAACCCGGGACGCCAGCGGAGGCUAUGCCGAUACCGGACGGUUCGGACCCGAGAAUGUCGAGCCUGGACCAUGCGUUCUACAAUAUCGAGUCUCGGCUUCAGCGCAACGAAGAGGCCAUGCACUAUAUGCACAUCAAGCAUCAGGCAGCUAUGGACACCAUUGGGCGGUUGCUUCACUUCAACCAAGAAAUGUCCCGUAUCGUCAUGAACAUGAUGCCACCUACGGACAGCCAUCUUCACCGGGACGUCAUCGCCUUGCAAGGCGAAAUUCAGCGGCAGGCAGAGAUGGCCCGGGGUCUUGACGAGUCGCACGAACAUCCUUUUUCCAGCAGCCGGCCGUACUUUGCCAACGUCGACAAUGCGCCCGUGUCUCCGCGACAGAUGCCCCAAGACGACCCGAGACGCUCUAAUCUCAGCGUUCCGCAGCAGCGGCCACCCAACUUUCACCGGCCGCCAGUACCUUCGAAUCUCUCCAUCAGCACACGGCGACCGUACGGCUCCAUCGGUGGCACGACUCAGUCCUCUCCGUCCUCUGUGCGCCCACAGCACCCACCCCCGCCGCCUCCACCGUCGCAGCACCCGUUGGCCACUGUUGAACCGUCACCUAACAUGGCACGCCGCCACACGUUGGCUGAUAUCCGUGCCCAUGGCUGGCAACCGACCAAUGCCCCUUAUCCACCCACGGGCGGCUCUCCGCUGCCUCCAACACAGUAUCCAUCCUCACCCAGCAGAGCGGGUCCCGAAGACCAGCGCAUCCGUGACUCCUUCUCCGCCUACUCGCUCCAGUCCGCGUCACAGCCCCAUUCGCGGCCGGAAACACCGCCACCCACAUUGCCGCCAUUUGCCAACGGCAGCAACCACGGCAAUGGCAACGGGCCAGACCUUGGCAACUGGUCGUGGGCUUCGGCCAACCGCAGCAACAACAGUCUCAAUAUCAAGGACAGCUCGGCACCACCCACCAGGCGUGGCAGCAUGGCGCAUAUUCUGAACCCGACCGAUACGGCUGAGCGCGAAGACGAGGAUGGAAGCCCGAGAGAGGAUGAGCGCAAGCGUAAGCGCAUGGUAUGA